AUGCAGCUCCAAGUGGGAUGGGAUGCACCACACCGAGUGGGUCGGUUCCGAGGACUCUCAUGUCUUGUCUACAUUACUAGUCCAAGGACACUAAACCUGGCCGAGUCAUGGUGGAAAGCUAAGUAUUGGAAUUUAAUCACUGAUUCAUUCACGUUUAGGCUCCAUCUUGAAGAUGUCCCCGCCAGUGGGGGAUGUGACGGUGUACCGAUCCAGCUUGGUGCGUCUUUGCAGUCCAAUCUCGAUGGGACGAUGGAAUAUCAGCAAUCUACGGAAGUGAGGCCACAUCUUCCCAAAAAGGUGAAUGAACAGAUCGGCAUCGUAUCGCCAGCCAGCUUACUUGCUAUAAAUGGUUAUAAUCAUCAUUUGGUCAAUCAGUUUACUGAUCAGAGGCAAGAAAACAGAAAAGUAAGUGAGAAACGAGAAAGCAUAAUCAAAGACUACUACUGUGUAGGUACUACUUAGGAGUAGUACUACUACUAAUUGAAGAAAGUUGAACUGGCAAUCAUAGUUGGGGAGGGGAAAAUUCCACGAGGAAAAAUGAACGAACGUUCGGAAACGAGGAACAACCGCUUUCCGAUACGGUUUCCGGCUAAGAAAUACCCACGAG